GGAGAGAGGGGAGGGGAGGAGAGGGGAGAGGUGACACCCUCUUCAUCCCACCUGUGAGGCAGCCCAGUUUUCCCACUGACUUGUUGGUGCUGGUUAAUCAUUCCUCAUCUCUCCCCUCCCUCACUCAGACUUUAGCAAACCUCCUCAUUUGGACAGGAGCUCCUCGUGUUGUCAGACAUGUGGAGGAUUAUCCCCUUUUUGUUCCUCGUGCUUUGCGGUCCGGUUCUCGGCGGGCCGCAGACAAACUUCCACGGAAACAUGACGGACCAGGAGCUGUUCUGGGGAACCGACCAGUACGACUUCUCCGUGGUGGUUCCUGCCGCCGGCCUCGAGUGUUUCUGGCACUUCGCUCACCGCGGAGAGAGGUUCUACCUGAGCUUCAUGGUGCAGUGGGUGACGGGCGUCGGCCAUGACAGGCACCUGUCCGUCACUGUGAACGCUCCCAGCAGCCUCAUCAUGGCGACUGUGGAUGACGCAAAGGGUCAGAUCAACUUUGAGACCGAGGAAACAGGUUUCUAUCAGAUGUGUUUCAGCAACUUCCACAACCACUUCGGCACCAUGCAGGUGUUCCUCAGCUUCGGCGUUUACUACGACGGAUACAAAGACCCCGACAAGACCAAAGAGGAAAAGAAGAAGAAGAAAGAGGAGGCCAGCAAAGACCUCAACAACACACUGAGUGUCAUAGAGGGUGCGACUCACAAAUUGGAGAACCACGUCUUCCACAUGUUCCGCUACUACAACUUCGGCCGCAUGAGGAAGAGCGCAGACUUCUUCCUGCUGCUGUCCAACUCGCAGUACGUCACCUGGUGGUCGCUCUUCCUCAGCCUCCUCAUCGUCACCUCGGGCUACCUGCAGCUCCUCUUCCUCAAGAGACUCUUCAUCACCAAGAGCGGCACCAAGGAGGAGAAGCCUCGCUGCUGACAGAGGCACGAAACAACAGAUCUGUCAUCUAAAAGGUUCUUUUGUAUUUAAGAUAACUAUCAGAUAACUGCAUCCAUAAAAAAAGAGAACCCAGGUCUUAAUGUAUUUACUGUAAACCGGUUUAAGUGUAGUUCUGGUGUUUAUCUACUUCUACUUCUUUACAAAGCACGAAUAAACUUGAUAAAAAUA